AAUAAGUUGCAGGUGGGUCAACUGUGUGACCAAUUGUUGCUUCUUGUAAUGAAAUCUCCUUUGCUUAGAUCCAACCUACACAAUUCAUGAACCCUAAAUUUAUUUCAAUUUGUUAAUAUUUUUGCCCUAAUUCAGCCUUAGUUUUCGAAUUAUUCUGCUUGUAAUCUAAGCUUUCAGUUAAUAGUGAAACAGAGACAAGAUUUCCAAAAUUCCGCUGGAGAUACGGGUUUUUUUAGCUUCGUUUCGACAGAAAUGAUCGAAACAAGCUAAAGUUUUGAUUUUGGCAGACGCUGAAUUUUAGUGGAAUGGAUAAGAAAGUGGUUAUUGCCUUUAUUUUCAUCUUCGUUUUUGUUUCAAACACUUGCAAUGCUUCUUCUUCAGUUUUUCGUCUCCGGAAAUUGAUCGACGGUGAAUCCAACAAUGCUACAAGGACUCCAAAGGUUUCACCAACUGGAAGCCCGGCUAACGAAACGAAAACAAAUCCGAUAAAUGCAGGGGAUUCUGAAGGAGAGAAGCCGAAAGAAUCUCCGAUAGGAGACCAGACGAACAGUACUAAGACUCCGCCAACUGACUCAAACAACUCGAACAAAACCGAUAAUGGCAGUGAAAGUUCUGAUGCUCCUAGCCCGCCCGCUGGAGUGAAGAAUGAUACUACAGUUGAUGGAAAAAGUGGGAACGCGUCUAAUGAAACUACGUCGAAGUUGGGCAACAAUGGCAGCUGCAAGGGAUCCCAGAUUACCUGCAGGGACCAACAGAUGUUUGCCUGCAUUGAAGCCUCAAAAGAUGGUUCCAAAAACAUGUUUGUUGUGGUGCAAAAUGAAGGAGAAAUUACUUUGAAAGUUACUCUCAGUUUACCCAAUUAUUUGAAGAAUGGUAUGCCGGCUUUUGAGGUACCCAAACACGAAAGCAAUAGGAUCGAUGUAUCCUCAAAUGUGGGCAAGAGCACCAAACUAAUAGUGGACUCUGGAAAAUACAAAUGCGUGCUUCAAUUGGUCCAUCCCGUUUCUGUAGACAACCUUAUCGAACAGCUCUCCUACUACUCUAAGCAAGUGACCCCAAUCUAUAUCGUAUACACCUCCUUUCUUAUAGCACUACUAUUUGGAGGGACAUGGGCUUGUUGCAAAUUGAAGAAGAGAAACCAACAAGAUGGAAUUCCAUAUCAAGAACUCGAGAUGGGCUUGCCAGAAUCUGCUUCGGCUGCGAAUGUGGAUGCGACAGAAGGUUGGGAUCAUGAUUGGGAUGACGAUGAUGACUGGGAUGAGGACAAUUCGGUAAAAUCACCUAUAGUGAAUCAAGUUAGAACUGUUUCUGCCGAGGGCCCCACAGUUAGGCCUUCUAAGAAAGACGGAUGGGAAGAUGAUUGGGAGGAUUAGGAAUACAUGUUCAGAGGUAACGAAAAACUACUUUGCCUCCAAAGGAGGACACAACACACACACGAUCGAUCAAGAGGGAGAAAAGGCGAAUAGCAAAUGCCGGAAAGCUAUCGGUAAAUUAUCAAUCUUUUUUUUUUGUUAUGAUUAAUUGUAAACACUGCUUGUUGAUAUAGGGUUGUUUCAUUUUGGUAUUAAAGAAAGAAGCUUCCUUCUUUUUGUAAGGGAUUGUUACACUUGGGUGGUGUGAUAGCUGUAAAAACUAGAAAGCAUACAGUUUAUUACUUUCCUUUUCAAUGGGUUUUGGAUAGGGGAAUAUUUUGACAUCAUAAACUAUUGAUUUUUCAGAUUUGUUCCUAUAAUAUAUUUUUACUAUUUUUUUUUUUUA